AUGAACCUCUCUGUUCAGCUGCUGCGUGAAAGGGGGACCAAGGACUGGGACCUUCCGAGCUUGACUUCAGCAGCAGGAUUGGACGACAGCUCGGACGACGACAGCUCGGACGAUGACAGCUCGGAAGGCAACGGCAACGGUGACAAUGGAGCUUUGGACACCGUGUCACCACAAGCCUUGCCGGAUGGGUCACUGGUCGGGGGUGGGGGGGGUGGCCCCGGAAGCGGCUUGCACUUGCAGCCUGGGUGGUUUGCCGUUUUCCCUUUGGAGUUGUCGAAUCCGUGCCCGCUGGUUGUUGGCAAAAUAGUUAGUGUGGACUUGAGCGCGGGAAACGGGGGUGAGUUAACCGUCACUUGGUUUUCGCCUGCUUCUCGCAAGAAAUGCCGUCGGUCGAAGUACGGGAGGGGCGUAUGGUCGCAAGAGUUCUUGAAGGAGGGCAAUAAACUCACAGCGGAUCAGGGCACGGAGUCGGUGGAAGCUGUAUGUUUCACUUUCCCUUCCUUGCUGCAGAGUGGGAAGCUGCCAAGUGCGGUGUGGGACGCGGUUGAAGAGAGCCAGGGAAAAAGCAGUCGGUGUCAGCAGCAGCAGGAGCUUUGACGUGCAUGAUUUCCCUGCAUGGUUGGGAUACGGUUUCGGUCGGGCGGUGGUGGAGCCAGAUCUUGUUGGGGGUCACCGGUGACGCUGAUACCGUGUAGUCGGAGGGAGCGAGGAUCUUCUGAGCCAGACCCAAGCCGGGCGGAGGCAGCAGGAGGGAGCGGCGAAGGAGAGACAAGGGCGUGAAGGACGCCGAAGCCCACGGCAUACUCGAGGCCAACCUUCUGUCGGCGCCCGGGUUACGGCCUCCACCGCCGCCGACUCUGCGGUGAACCAUGAAGCCCAACUCAGGGUAUGGUCAAACCGGGCUUCAUCUCGCUAGCCAGUUCAUGCGGAGGGAAAAGGUUGACCCCCCGGCUCCCCUCGAGAACAAGGGCGUGAUGUUCGUGGUGUAUCGGCGCCUAAACGCCGGUCGCUCUCUGUUGUUGGUCACUUCGUACGACGGGGAGGAUACUUUGGUAGGGGUGGGCUUGUUUUUUUGUUUGAAGUACGGAGGAAGAUACUACCUUGAAUAUCUGUUCACGUGGUCGUGCAAAAUUGGAUAGCGUUGUUCGAGAUUAACUGACACAGUUUUAGGUGUGGUUGAUGCCCUCGUUUCGAGUUGAUAGCGGUAAAAAAGCUGAAGUCGAACCCCGUCGUGAUACGCACAACAACACAGCAUGGCGUAAUUCCGCGGGAAAACUCAGAACCUACACGAGUGGGAGAUCACUAGAGCUUCGACCCCGCACCUGGUGCAGACAGGCGCAACUACUGUAGGAAUCUGUGGUUUGCAUGUCGCGUUCAUGGGCUCGUACCAAUCGAAACACUUUCAAAUGAAAUUCCGAACAUGAGAUAACGCGGAGGGGAUUGAUCGUCACGAAACAAGGGGCACUACAUGGCUGUGAUAGAUUUGCAAGAACACAUGCUCGGGACGCACGUACGGAAAACUCGAAGAUCGCUUCAUGGCCUCCGACAACAGAUCAUUCGGAGAAGCCGCGCGACCCAUCUGCCGGUCGAGUUUACAGACGACAUUCUGCCUCAGCUGAAGAGCCGCUUCUGCUGUGUGACGACAAGGUGUAGGCCUUCACCUAUUCUGCACGUUUGCUUAAAAUUCUAUGCACGUUUUUUUCCGCGAGCAUAAGCCCAAUUUGGCGACUUAUGCACGCCGUUAUGCACAAAAUUCCUCAAUGUGGAAUAUUGCCUGACCCAAUUCAAGAACAAGCGUUGGACAAAAUAUGGCCUUUCUCUAUCGGUAACGUGGUAUGUGUACUUAACCGCCGGUGGAAGUCUCGUUCCAACCCAUCCUUUUCACACGUACGUCAUGCUCUCCGUAGACAGCACGGGACCUCGCCCUGCCGCACUGCUGUUUUUGUAUGCGACAAAACGCUUCGCCCUGGCGAAAAUAUGCCCACAAUCAAGCUUGGAAGGAAAUUCUGCAGUGUAGUAUAAAUUGUUCUUUUCAGGGUACCUAGAAGCGAUCACGGACGGGUUCCUUUGUCCCUAGGGAUCAGCAAUCACUUUUCGAGAGUGUUUUUCUUGUCUCUUUUUCAAAUCAGAACGGGGUCGAAAAAAAUAAUGAUUGCGAAAGAGAAAAGAGAGGAAACGAGCUCUCAUUUUGGUUGGCCCGCAGUUUCGCGGUACACCAACAUCAUCGUACCAGGUGGGUUCCAUUUUAAAUAUUGGUGCGCGCCGAUUACGCGUACUCAAUCUAUGCAGCAUGAUAGAACCUAAUUCGAAGUGCUAUACAUCCGCAAAAGAGACAGCUACAAGAUGCGAGACACCCUGCAGUAAACAGACUGGGGACACCUAUACUAAGCAUGACGCCACCGCGUGGAUGCCAUUUUUCAGCUAAAUCUGUCCUCCCCGACGCCUACGCGCAACAAAUCACUACAAGAGCUUUUCAUCUUGCUCUCUACCCAACAGUUCGCAUUCGUGCCAAGUUUCGUGCCAAUUGGCAGCGUAAACAGCGCGUUCUCGUAUUCACCAGGGAUGUGCCGUCGGCUCGCUCGAGGUUCCGCCGCGUCUUUGAGGGCUCGCAUGCUUUUCCUUACCUCUUUGUUUGGGGCCCACGUGAAGUCUUUCACUGCUGAGUUCUAGCGUUGUGGUGUAUUCAAUUUCAUACUACUUGGGCCCGUCGCUAGCUAUUGGAGACAUCUACAGCCAAGGUGCUUCAUCUUGGAGGGGCGGCUCUGCUGUGUGCGUGUACAGCACCACCUUAGAGUGCGAAUUGGCUCUUACGUA